AUGGUGAGCGGCCCGGGCCGCCCGUUCCCCGCGGGGGCCCGGCAGGCGCUGGCCUCCCUCCUCCUGCUGCUGCUCCUGCUGCUCCGGCGGGACGCGGCGGCUCAGAAAGGUGAUGGUUGUGGACAUACAGUGUUUGGUCCUGAAAGUGGAACUUUUACAUCAAUUAAUUACCCAUACACCUACCCCAAUAACACAGUAUGUGAAUGGGAGAUUCGAGUAAAGCCUGAGCAGAGAGUUCAGCUCAAAUUUGGGCAUUUUGAUAUUGAUGAUUCAGAUUCUUGCCAUUUUAGUUAUGUGAGAGUUUAUAAUGGAAUCGGACCUACAAGGACUGAGAUAGGAAAAUACUGUGGUUUAGGCUUACAAAUGGACAGUUUAAUUGAAUCAAGGAGUAAUGAAGUUACAGUACAAUUCAUGAGUGGCAUACACUUUUAUGGGCAUGGAUUUCUUGCAUCCUAUUCAACCACUGAAAAACCAGAUUUAAUAACCUGCUUAGACACUGCAAGUCACUUUUCUGAUCCAGAAUUUAGUAAGUAUUGUCCAGCUGGAUGUGUGCUUCCUUUUGCUGAAAUUUCUGGGACUGUUCCUCAUGGCUAUCGAGAUUCUUCUUCACUUUGCAUGGCUGGCGUGCAUGCUGGAGUGGUGUCCAAUGUUCUGGGAGGUCAGAUAGAUGUUGUAAUCAGCAAAGGCAUUCCAUACUACGAAAGUUCUCAGGCAAACAAUGUCACAUCAAAAAUGGGGCCACUGUCUUCAGGUCUCUUCACUUUCAAAACUAGUGGUUGCUACGGGACACUAGGAAUGGAGUCUGGAGUAAUUGCUGAUUCACAGAUAAAUGCAUCAUCAUUUCUAGAAUGGCCUGAGCAGAUUGGCCAGCCAAAUAUCUGGAGACCAGAAAGAGCCAGAUUGAAAAGGCCUGGACAUUCUUGGGCAGCUCUUACCAAUGAUGAAUAUCAGUGGUUGCAAAUAGACCUAAACAAAGAGCAGCGAAUAACAGGUAUCAUUACAACUGGCUCCACCUUAGCAGAGUACUAUUAUUAUGUCUCUGCCUACAGGAUUCUGUACAGCAGCGAUGCACAGAAGUGGACGGCGUACCGAGAACCUGGUGUUGAGCGGGAUAAGAUAUUUCAAGGCAACACUGGAUAUUAUCAAGAAGUUCGCAAUAACUUCAUUCCACCCAUUAUUGCUCGUUUUGUUAGGAUAAAUCCUUUGAAAUGGCACCAAAAAAUUGCACUGAAAGCGGAACUGUUAGGAUGUCAGUUUAACAAUGUUCGGGCUCCAGUGCACCCACCGCCCAGGAGCAACAAUGACUUUCCCUUGCAGACUGAUAAAACAACCUUCACACCCGAGAUCAAGAAUACAAGAGUAACUCUAAGUGAAACUGAAGUUUGGGCUCCAAGACUUAGAAUACCCCUACCACCCAGGAACAGCAAUGACUUUCCCUUGCAGACUGAUAAAACAACCUUCACACCAGAGAUCAAGAACACGACAGUAACUCCAAGCGUAACCAAAGUUUCAGAUGUGGCAUUGGUAGCUGUUCUGGUUCCUGUCUUGGUCAUGGUCUUUACAACCCUCAUCUUGAUCACAGUUUGCGCCUGGCAUUGGAGAAAUAGAAAGAAAAAAACAGAAGGAACGUAUGAUAUACCAUACUGGGAUCGCGCAGGCUGGUGGAAAGGAAUGAAGCAGUUUCUUCCUGCCAAGUCAGCAGAGCAUGAGGAAAUGCCUGUUCGUUAUAGCAGCAGUGAAGUGAAUUGCCUUAGAUCAAGAGAAGUUACAACCAUGUUACAAACACAGUCUGCAGAGUACGCACAACCAUUGGUGGGAGGAAUUGUUGGCACACUUCAUCAGAGGUCUACCUUUAAACCAGAAGAUGGGAAGGAAACAAGCUAUGCCGAUAUGGAUCCUUACAACUCACCCGAGCAAGAGAUUUAUCAUGCAUACGCUGAACCACUACCGGUAUCAGGACCAGAGUACGCAACGCCAAUAGUGAUGGAUAUGUCGGUUCAUCCUGCAGCCCCUCCAGGCAUUUCUUCUGUGUCUACUUUCAAGGCUUCAGGGAAUCCAGCCCCUCCCAUAGCGGGAGCUUACAAUAAACUCGUUUCCAGGGCAGACAGUUCGUCACCUACGCAAGUACUGUACGAUACACCCAAGGGGAUGCCAGGACUCAAUCCCUCAGAUGAAUUGUUAUACCAGGUACCACAGAUCAUGCCACAUUCCACAGGAAGUAAAGAAGACAUUAGUUAGAGAACUUCUAAAUAUUAAAUCCUUUGAAGAUGACUUUUUUU